AUGACCAAUGAUGAAGCAAUAAAAGCUCGUGCUUUAGAAAAUGAGAAAUCGAAACAAAAUGCUCGAAGAUUUGGAAUUGUUAAUGCACUAAGUGCAAAAUUUAAUUCACAAGAGGCUCAAUCUGAUGCAUACACAUACAAACGUUCACGAAUGUUAACUGUGAAAAAUGGCGAAAGACCAAAACGUACUUAUGCACCAAUUAUUAAACCUGUUACAAAUGAUAAUUUUGAUAAACAAAUUGAAGAAAUUCGUAUGAAAAUGAAAACAGGCAAUAAAACGUUAAGUUCACAAUUUGCUGAAUUAAAACAAGGUAUUGCUACGAUAGCUGAUGAUGCAAGACGAGCAAUGCUUGAACAAAAACAUCAGCAGCUAUUAAUUGAAGCAGAUGAAACAUUUGGGUUAAUUUAA